AUGAAGUUCCUUACGUUCUACCUUCCGAUCAUUAUAGGUUUCUUUGCCUUUUUAGAAGUAUCUUUUAAAACUUGGUUACCCAACCAUUUUGUUUUCGAUCCCCAAGUAUUACUGAAGAUUUGUAAUGAUGCUAUUGCUAAAAACCCUCAAGGUAAUACGACUCAAAUCAUGAUUGACAUUGUUCCAGAAUUGCAAAAAGCUUAUCCAAAUUUGAUCAAUGAUUUAAAUUUUGACGACUGGGUUUUCAAUAACGCCGGUGGUGCCAUGGGGAAUAUGUUUAUAUUACAUGCUUCAAUUUCAGAAUACCUUAUUUUCUUUGGUAGUGCUACCGGUACCGAAGGACACUCUGGAGUUCAUUAUGCUGAUGAUUAUUUCACCAUUUUGGCUCAACACCAAAAAGCUGCUUACCCCCAAUCCUUAGAACCAGAAAUGUAUUAUCCUGGUGAUCAACAUCAUUUGAAAAGAGGUCAUGUCAAACAAUACAGUGUCCCUAGCGGUGGGUAUGCUUUAGAAUUGGCCCAGGGUUGGAUUCCAGCAAUGUUACCUUUUGGAAUGAUUUCAUUUUUAACCUCAACCUUAGAUCUUUAUACUUGUUAUAGAACCUGUUUAUACACCGGUAAGGACAUGAUUCUCAACUUAUUAAAGGGGAAAUUCUAA